UGGGGUGAAAGAACAGGGAUGAUUUUGGUCAAAUUCUCAACUGGGGCAACUCCUUUCUCUACUUCCACCGCCGCGCGUUUUUCACGAAGAAAGCUUCGCGCCCAACUGUUUGUAUAUCAAUUGGAAAAAAGCAGCUGUCCGUCGCUGCCGAAUUUCGAUUCCAUUUAAAUUUUUCUUCACCACUAUGGUCGGCCAAAUUGGAGGCGGUGAUGUACUGGUGCUUGCUGAGGAUGUUAUGGUACCAGUUAGUGUGGUAUCCAGUGCAAUCAGCAUCGUAAGGAAAGAGGGGAUUGAGAAUUUGAACCCUAAUAUUAUUACUCAAGCUUCAUCCCAGAGCCUGACAUCAGUGAAGUCUGCUUCUAUGGAUAUUGUUGCUCUCAUCUGUAGGUCCCUCGAGUUUCCUAGUGAUAAGUUGUGUGGGGACAUUUCAAGAGUGUUGAAGCCAGGUGGAACAGUCCUACUUAGUCUAAGUUCUCAGUUAAUCUCGAAGGCAAACUCUACCCAUGAGCGCACAUUAUUGUUAGCUGGAUUUUCUGAUGCACAGUCAUCUGAAGCUGGCCAGUCCUUCGUGAUAACAGCAAAGAAACCUUCAUGGAAGUUUGGUUCAUCCUUCUCUAUCAAGAAAGUCACAAAAAGUUUGCCGAAAGUUCAGAUUGAUGAUGAUUCAGAUCUCAUUGAUGAGGAUAGCCUUCUCAGUGAAGAAGAUCUGAAGAAACCUCAAUUGCCAAGUGUUGGUGAUUGUGAAGUUGGAAAGACAAGGAAAGCAUGCAAAACUUGUACGUGCGGAAGGGCUGAAGCUGAAACAAAGGUGCAACUUGGACCAACGGCGGAGCAGCUGAACAAUCCUCAGUCAGCCUGUGGCAGUUGUGGUCUAGGUGAUGCUUUCCGUUGCAGUACGUGUCCUUAUAAGGGUCUUCCUCCGUUCAAACUAGGCGAAAAGGUUACGCUUUCUGGGAAUUUUCUUGAUGCUGACAUCUAAUUGCAGAUGAUAAUAAUCGAUAUGAGAUUGCAGAAAUAGUUAUAAUUAGUUCAAAAUUAGUUUGUUCAUUUUGGUUGAGGUGAAAUAAGUGAAUGUGUAAUAUGGAUUCUUGAAGAAGUGAGGGAAAUAGCAGUGGAGUGGACUGUGAACUCCUGUAAGACUUCUAAGAGCUUUUAGAAGAGACUUGGAUUUAUAUGACAGAAUAUAAAGGUCCCUCUCUCUCUCA